GGGAUUUUUUCUUCUCACCACAAUUAGUCUGUGUGGAAAGGUUGAGUCAACUAUUUGUUAGGCCUACACACUGCACUGCGCCCCAUUUGUGGUGCAUCCACAGGAUUAACAUGGUGCACUGCCAUCGAGCAUCAUCGACGAGCACAACAACAGCAACAACAACAACAACAAAAGAAGCAACAGCUACAACAACAACAUUCGUAACAUCGACAACGUCAUCGAAUCGGAUCAUUUUCUUAGCAAUUAUAUUCGUGAUUUUGUUGUUGCCAUUGAGCACAAAUGCGGCACAAAGUCGCGGCAGCGAUCGCGACCUCUGCAGGGGAUCAAACGAUGCCAACGACUGCGCCAAGUCGCUGGAAGCACGCAAGGCGGUAGCAGCCACACGACGUGCGGCUAAAGCUAAAUUCAAAUUUCACAAAAUCGAGCGAUUGGAUGAAGACAAUGGUGGCGAGGAGGAGGACGACGACGACGACGAGGGGGAAGGGGGCGAGGACAAUAAUUCGGAGAAUGUGUUAAACGAUGAACGCAAUUCAGAAAUUGACGAUGGCAAUGAGGCCGAUGAAGACGAUAAUGUCUAUAACGAUGACGAUGACGAUGACAACAAUGAAGCAGACGACGAAGCCGAAAACGAUGAAGACGCUGGUGAAGAAGACGAUGCAGACGACGGCGGCGGCGAUAACGACGAAGAACCUUCGCUUAUGAGUCGAUUGCUGUCCAUAUUUGCCAGUGAUGAAGGAACCGCCAAGCGCGAGGCGAAAGAAAGCGAGUCGCAGCUGCCAAAUAUUAUCAGCUGGUUCAACUGGCUAACGGAGCGAGCAACAGAUGCAGCACCGCAAGCAGGCAAAAAACGCGUCCAGGCAAAGACGGCCAAAGCGCCGAAAAGCGUUGAAAUUGAUUGGCUGACAUACCUAAAGCGUUGGCCCUUCAAUAGCAUAUUCCCCGAGACAGAGGAAACAACAGGGACACGCUCCAAAGGCAUACAAAAGCGGGCCAAAGAGAAGGACACAACCACAACGCCAGAGAGGGAGCGAAGACGAGAACGGGAGCAGAGCAAGAGCCAAGAGGAGUACAUGGAGCUGCUGAUACAUUCACUGCCGGCGUUCAUUGGCAAUGUGGCGCAGGUGAAAAGCGGCGAGUGCCACCAGCAAUUAGAGCUGCUGCAUCAGCAGCUGCGUGCCCACAAACUGUGGACGCUGCAGAUGCUCGAUGCCACGGGCAAGAUUGGCGCCGGUUUGUUACGUGGCAACAUCAAUCAGUUUGGCGACUUUGAUCUGUGCACCCAAGUGUCGACGGCCGUUAAGAUGCCACCCGGCAAGCCGAUGCGCAUCCACGGCAAAUACUGUCUGGCCCAGAUUGAGAUGCAUGCCACGACCACAGAGCUGAAGGACGCGUUGCAUUUACUGCAUGGACGUGGCUUGUGGCAUGCGCACCUCAAGAACCCCAAGCACUUUGUGGCACGCUACAGCGUCGCCAAUUGGGGCAUCUGCUUGCCGCAUGCCUGCUCCGCCCACGUGGUGCACAGCAUCAUCGAAACUAGUCUGCGGCCCUACAACAAUACGGGCAUCGAAUUUCACAUCGACGUGCGCGACGAGCACUGCACGACCAGGCGCAAGAUGACCUUGAGCAAGCUACUCGCCAAGGACAACAACUUUGCCAUGGGCAUAUUUUUCAUUGGUGCCUUGACAAGCGCUUGUGUUUUGUCCACCGUCUGGCAGCACUGGGAUUGGCUCAGCAGCAAGCUGACGCGUCUUACUACAACCACAAGAGCUCCUCAAACUGAUGAUGAUGAGCGCACAGAGGAGGUGGAAGAAGAAGUCACUGACGAGCAACAGCAGGCAGAGCAAGACGCUAAAGAGAAGAGUGCUCCGCCUGUGCAUUUGCGGAUUCUACAGGCGUUUUCACCACAACGCACCUGGCGAUUGCUAGUGUCCCUUGAAGACCAGGACAUUGACUUUCCGCUUAUUCAUCUGCUCAGAAUACUGGCCACAUUCAUGGUCUAUGUGAAUCUGAAGUUUAUCAUGGCAGGCCACCUGCCCCUAACUAAUCGGGAUGCAUUCGUUGGCACCGUAAAUCGCUACUGGAGCUUGCCAUAUCGUCUGCCGCUGCUUCCCAGCGAUCUGCUGCUGCUGCUCAGCGGAUUCCUCAACGCCAACCAGCUGUCCCAUCAAAUGGAGGCCACCUGCCGCUUGAGUUUUGUGCGCAAUGUGGCCACCAAGGCGUGUCGCUAUGUGCCCACCAUUCUCGCGGUUCUGGGCUUCCAAACUUGGAUACUGCCUCAUUUGGGCACCGGUCCGCUGUGGCAGUUGCUGGUGGCUGAGAAUGCUCGUCUCUGUGAGGAGAACAUGUGGCGCAGUGCGUUGAGUAUGCAGAAUACCGCCGACAUGGAGGACAUGUGCUCGCCAUUCACCGUGCAACUCAGCUUGGAUCUGCAACUGUAUUUCUUGGGCGCCCUUAUUGUUUGGUUGUAUUUCACCGAUCCCGAGGCUGGUUUCUUUCUAUGCGGCGCCUUUCAUGCGAUGUCCGUUGCAGCACGCUAUUCUCGCACCCAACGCGAGCACCUGGCACCAUCUCUAUUCCACGGCUUACACGUAAACAAAUUCUAUCGAACUGCGAACCUAAUUUACACAUCGCCCAUAACACGAGCCACCAGCUAUCUCUUGGGCAUUGGAGCGGCUCUCCUGUUCCGCAGCGAGUCCGGGGUCUUUCGGAUACCCACACGCUUCAAGCGUGCCGGCUGGGCACUCGCUGUGCUAGCACUCGCCUGGUGCUUGUGGUCACCGGCCGCCGGUUUGACGAGCAAAUACGUGUACAAGUCAACGGAUGCGGCUGCAUACUUAGCCUGGAGUCCCUUGAUACUUGGUCUGGCGAUUUGCUGGAUGAUUUUGAUUGCUCCAUUGGAUAAGAGCAUUGUGCAACGAUUUCCGCAUAUUGCUCGACCAGUGGUGCUUCUGUCACGCCUAGAGAUCCCACUGCAAUUGGCCAGCUAUGUGGUGGUACUCUGGACUACGGCGAGUGUCAAGGAGCCGCAUCAAUUUCUAAUGUCUGAUUUGAUCAAUCUGCAGGAGAUAGCGUGCAUUGUGUUGUUCGCACUGAUUGUCGCCUUUCUCAUUGAUUACCCGGCUCAAGAGAUUGGACUCUUGAUACUAGAUUUCAACUUUAGUGGCCCGCUUUUGACGCAGUCAAAGGAUAAGGAUGGAGCAGCUGAUGACGCAUCCAUGGAGGAGAGCACUGAACUUAAAUCGGACUCGCCAGAGCCAACCGAUUCGAUUUGGCCAUCGGAAUCGGAUCCUGAAGAUGAGAAAUCCUCUGAAUAAUGUAAUGUUUCAAUUACAAUUAUCUAUUUACAUAUAUAAUUUCCAUAUUAAAGUUCAUAGCGAAUUGAUAGUUGAACAAUGUAAUAAAAGACAAAAUUCGACUUGUAAAUUCCCGGUAUAAUUUAUCUUAUAAUUAGUUCAGAAUCAGGAUCAAUAAGUUUCGAAUAUUUGGAAAAGUAUUUGGAGCAUAUGAAUUAUCAUCAAAUAAUCAGUUCUAUCAUCCCUAAUUGACAUUAUAGUUUUUAAGUAUUUUACUUUAAAAAAAAAUUUAUCUUCAAAUAUUUCAAAUUUAAACAAAAUACCUUUUAUCUCCUAAUCAAAACACGUUUUCCCCCAUAAAAAGCCAACGGUUUUAAAAACGAAGAAAGCUUCACUAAGGUUCAAAAUCGUUAACAUGUUUGCAAAUUAAAUUCAGAUUAUUGCGGUGAUCAUUCAAGAUUAAGUACCUUUCAUAUUUAUUGUAUAAAUUGCCAAACUGAAGCAAAUACUUUAUAGAAAUGCUGUACAUGCUGAUCCCGCCGCAUGAGGCAGCAAAGAACUACAUUAAUCCUAAACCUAUUAGUCUUUGGCAGAAGAGCCUAUCGGUGGCGAUUAUGUAUAUUUGUAGGUGUGGGUGUGUUAUCUCCAAGCUGAGAGAGAGUAUGUGUGUGAGUGUGUUAUGACGCUUGAUCUUUCACUUUUCGCUGACGCAGCGAUUGGACAUCUGAUGUUUUCUCCUGAUGUGCCCUAUUGGUGGACUUGUCCAGCAACAAGAGAUCAUCGGUGCUGCUGCUUUCGCCAACAUCGGAAAUGUCGAAUUUAUCCAUCGAUGAGUCGUGAUAACUGGACUCAUCCUCAUCGCGCAAACUGCUCGUGCUGUCGACAAUCACCCGGCUGGCUUGGCUCUGCAGCUGAUUGGUGAAGCGGGCGUAUCGGAUCUGCAUGUUACGGAGCCAGGUGGCAUCGGACCAGUGGUACCA